AUUCAAAAAAAUAGUUUUUUUGAAUUGAUAUUUCUCAGAGAAAAUAUUUUAUGUUAAUGAAGGGCCCUGUUUUGAUUGUCAGGCCCGUAUCCCUCUCCUAGAUUCGCCUCUGCUCCACGUUAUCCGUUUCAUCCCAACUGCUUCCUAGUGAUCUUUCAGGAAAUUACCAAAGAUGCCAUCUGCUCCAAAGUGGACAUUAAAGCUACCGUAACGUCAACCGUACUAGAUCAUUGUGCAUCAGCGUCUUAUCCCAAGUUCAAGAUUUUAAAUUACUUUUCAACUAAAUUACAAAAAAAUGAAUUGUAUCAUUGUCUACAUCGGUCUCCAAAAUUAUGAAUUGGAGUGGACUCACCUCAAUAACUGAUUGCUAUACGUAAGUAAAUAUACAGUACUGUUUAUUAUCUAUGAUGUAUUAUCGGCCACUUUGCAUACAUUUAAUCUACUUGCGUACGAAUGUGUUUAUGUGGGUAAGCACCAGUAAACAUGGGCCUGUAUCAUUAUGCAUGUGCAUGGACACCCAGGCACACAACGGAUACCAAGGCACAACAAUCUCAGCAAGCGUGGGCUGCGUCCGAGUGCACAGUCACCUGGCCACUCGGGGUUGUCCUUGCCCUGUGUCUAAGGAUUGGUUACGUUCCUCAAUGUGAUGUUCGUUUAGCGAGUUGGUUUGGCGGUUGGGCUACGACGUGGUCUUCGUGUGCAGGUGUAGUGUGCCAAUGGAGCCCACUCUUGUGAGCUCUCCAGUUUUGGUUGUCCUCGUAACACGUUUUGACAGACUGCCUCCGACGAUAGGAUUUUGGUGCAAAUUCCUCGUGGAGGUUUGCCCCCUCCCCCCCCCCCCCAAAGCCUCUCACCCCUUCAAUUUUCCCCCUUCAGCUAUGAGGUGCAACGUUGAGAAGGCAAGAGACUAAACCUCCACUCUUGUUGAAAGUCUUUCGCAUCGCACGGAGCCAACCGUGAUAAUCGGAGGUUUGGGGGAAGGACAAACUAAACGGAAAAAAAUCAGUUCUAAGGAAAUUAGUUUUCAGUCCAGAUUUAAAAGUGCAUAGCUGGACUGGCUUCCCAUUAUCGGAAGGAAAGAGCGUCGCAAGCGACCGCAGAAGCGCAUCUGAAAGCUUGCGAUGCGGUAACCGUCUUUGCUCGAUGGCCAGCCAAAAUAAGGUAUGGGCUCAAUACAGUUGGUUUAUAGAUCUCACCAAGUUAAACAUCGACACUUCACCGUAGAAGAAACUGAAAAAUAAACAAACUGUAUUUGUCAUUAAGGCAUACCUAUUUUAACUACUUGUAUAUACAGAAGUUACAUUUUAAUUUAAAUGUACCAGGCACUUUUAUUAUGGUUUACUAUAUAAAUGCGUUGGAAAUUACUUCGGAAUGAGUCGCCUUGGUUUGUGAUGUUACACAAUGACAGCGUGCUGCAUCGUGAGCCAUGUGGUUUACAGGAGAGGCGGCACUGCCACGGGAUUAGGAAUACGUGCACAUGUAAUCAACAUCCAUUUGACCAGAAAUAUCAUUGCCUUAGCAAAGCCCUGCACUGGGCUACAGUUAAAGCUACAUUCAUAGCCUGUCCAAUUGAGCCAUCGUCCACGCCUGUGUUGGUGCCGUGUAAACUUGCUGGGAGGUUCAGGGGAAGACAACUUCCCUUAUCAUUGGUGGAGCCCAGGUUGUGAGCAAUGCGCUUUGCUCACCGAUAAAGACGUCUCAUUACAGUAUGGAAACAACCUAUAUGUGCAUUUGUUUUUUUUUUGCUCCUCACGUGUUUCUUUUCUGCACAGCCGUGAAUUGUUGUGCAGUGAGCUGUCAGACACUCGCGUGUGGCAUACACGAGAGUGGGUUGCAACCCCUUGAGAGCUUUCUUUUAUCUAAUGAUGAAAACAUUUUAUUUGAAAACCUUUUCAGGUGGUUACAUGAGCAGUGAUGUUAUCAUGCAACCAUUAUCAUUCUGGACUGCCAAUUGAAUGCGUACUAUCAACCAACAGCAAAUAGAAAACAAUUCCACCCACCAAUGGAGCGUGAAUCCUCUUGUUCUGAGUGACAAAAAGAAAUGCGCGUCUCAUCGUUUGGCGACGAGGAAUUCCCACAUGACAUGUAACACACACAUGUGGCUUAUGUAUGUUUUGUUUGUACAUUUUUUUUAAAAAAUGUGUUUGCGGACAACGCGUAACUCUCCAUUGGGCAGGGAGGACUGUUUGUGUUUGUCCUUUUUAGUCGACGCAUCUGUUCACUGGCCGAGAACGCUAUCGAUGUACACGCGUGCGCAUUCACUCCGCCGCAUUUUGUCGCAACUGUGGACGGUUCGCGUACGGGUGCAUGUAGACGACGUUUCUGUCGCUGUACAUCCCUCCGCCGUGUUGGGAAGGAGGACACGCGCGGCUGUGAUGUAACCGGAGCGGAGCGUGGACGGCCCUGCUUGCUUCGUUUUGCCGGUCUUUCCCAUUGUGGAGCAGCUCACGGGGACAGGCACUGGCCGAGAUACCCGGCACCGGCACCGAUCGGCGGGAUGAAGUGGCUGGUCCGUGCCCACAAAGAGCGGUCUCUCGCGUCCCAAAGCGCAAACCUGUGGCGGACAGGGGUCGAACGAGAGGCCACAGCGCCCGUGCAGCGUCGAGGAAUUGCUUUUACCAAUGGGCACUUUGCUUGCCACUCUUUAUUUAUGAAAAAAAGUCACUUAGAAGACAAAGCGGGUGACGCUGUGAUGAUAUACGCGCCGGGUGUUUUAUUCGUGCAGGUGAAGACGCCGUUGAGAUUUAUUACGCCGUCCGUGCAAACCGUUGCAGGGCUCAUUGACGCGCAAGUUAACCAGCUUAAAUGUACACUUUACAUGGCGUAUAUACGUGUGUUUGUGGUAUAUGCAUAUGUGCUUACGGUGCAUUUGGCUGAUGACUCGUGAUGAUACCAUCGCCACCGCUGCAUGGACCCAAACAGAUCGAUCGGGCCACACGCUCGCCUGACCUGUGACCUGGAUGAGGUGCGAUGGCUGUACUGGAGGUGUGUUUGUCUGUGGAUACACCAAGAGGGCUGGUAUCCACAGCGAGAUGUCUUACGUUGCUUGUGUAGUCAGAGCGUUGUUUGAAGAGUAUCGCAGUCGAUUCGUUAUAGCAUACACCAGAGUUCCAGUGUGUUAUUCACAGCAUUUCAUUAUUCUUAUUGUAUUUCACAUUUCCUUGUAUAAAAUGGUCGAGUAAGUGGAAGUCAGUUUUGAUAUGUUUUUUUGUUCGUUCGUGUUGCCUUGGCUGCUUCAGUAUAAUUUAUGAAGGGUCGGUGCAAAGAACGCCGUUGAUUAUCUCGCGGUGUUCGAUGCUGCGGAGAUGGGGCGCUGAUUGACCGCGUGGUCGAGCACCGUGGAGUUGUGAGCAUGGAACAGAAGUAGGAGUAUCGGCAGUGCUGCAACUCGGUGUGGGCUGGUUUUUGUUUAGUUUUUUGUCCAUACCGUUUUGCAUCAAGCAGAUAUUCCUACCCGCGUCUCACCACUUUGCACAUUUAUAUUUUCAAAGAGCGAGGGUUUUUUUUUUUGCUGGAGCACGGGCUGUUGCAUUAUCAAGCCGCCAAUAGUGACCGAUGGUACCAGACAGAUCCGUUUUGUUGUUGAUGUUCUCGGAUUGUGUGCUGGAAUCAAAACAAUAAAUGUCGUUUUUACUGUUGACGGGCGGUGCUCCGAGCGAUUCCCCCCCACGUGGUGAUUCUUUGACUCUUCUACGUUCAUACGCCACACGAGUGUGCUUUGUGUCGGUCAAAUGUUUGUUCAGCAACGUAAUGGGAAUAAGCCGUUUUUUUUGUGAGAGUAGUAGCGACAUUGACUUGGCAUUCUUUUAAAGCCAAAACACGUUUUUUCUAGCAAUUGACCAGCUGCUAUUGUUGUUAUUCGUGGUCCUGGAGCCCGGUGUACGAUGUUGUGGCUCGAGCUGAGGGCGAUGGUGUUCAUUUCCACUGAUAGAAGUAGCCCUGAGCCAGUGGUGGUGGAAAUUCCACAUUCCUGUGACGGUGGAUUCGUCUUCCCAGAGCACAGGAUCGAAUUACUGUGUGGGGUGUAACGUUAAUCCACGCCGUGUGAUCCCAAUGCGAAGUUAAUGUCUGGUGCAACAGUAGCUCUGUUUGUAAAUACGUCGAGUUGUUUUCAUGCUUGGACUCAAUAUUCAUUGUAGGUGUGGCGGGGGGUGGAGGUGUGAAACACUUUUCGUGUAAAGUGCAGCCUCCAAAAUCCUACCUUCCCUUGGCCUCUGUGUGCCGUGAAGAAGGCCCAUUACCUGAAACGUCUUUCAUUUUAAGGCCGCAGUUUUUAUUGGCAAAUAUGUAAUUUUGUUGUUGUUAACUGUGCAUGUGCAUCACUGUUAACGCAACAACAGCAGCAUGAUCACCAGUGCAGGAUGAAGCUCGUGUGGGCCUGUAGCAUAUGUUAUAAAGAGACGCAAUUUUUUUUUAAACACAUACAUUUUCUACUUGCACAGUAAAGUAAUUGCAUUUUUUCAUUUGCUAAAUAUCCAGAUAAUACCACAAAUCCCUAACCUUAAACACCCAGUCGUUCAUAAAAGUUGAAAGCAGUAUAGUACUAUAGUGAUAGAGCAAGUGCAGAAUCACUGAACCGGAAUUGACAGCUUGAAUGCAUUUAGCGCGGGGCCCUUGAAAGCGCGGGGACCGUAGCAUAUGUAUCUACUAUUGCUACUAGGAUAAUCCGGCACUGAUGCAUGAUCACACAAUUCCGCGUUGAACCCCGAAUAAGAUUGAAUAAGCCAGUCUGAAAGUCCUCCAGAAUCACGUCUCCGCCCACCGGCAUGUGGCCCACGCCCCCUUGGACACCAGCGCCGGCUGUGAUUGGCCGCAUCGGCUCGGUGGGCGGUGACCGCCGCGUUUAUAAAGAGCGCGCGGGACGCCGUGGCCGCGGGAAGCAAUGGGCGCGAUCACGGCGUGCAGGAGUGACGCUGUGGUGGUGGUGCUGCUGCUUCGUCGUCUGUGACUUCUUAGCGUUGUUACUUCGCCCAUAAUUGUGCGAUCCCCUCGGUGUGUUGCGUCGGUGCCGUGCGAGUGCCUACUGCGUGCGCCCAAGAGGAGGAGGUCACCCCGCUAUAGGCGACACCACCACCUGUAAUACCAGCGGUGGCAGCGGGCUACUAGGAAAGUGUCCAGAGCGCAGCGUCUUGCAAAUGUGACGGCGAUAGCAGUGGCAUCACAGAGAUCGGCAGCGAGGGAGGAGGCGCCGAGCGGGAUGCUGACCGGGCAGGGGCCGGUCCGCCUCGGGCUGGUGGCGGAGGCGCGAUCGCUCAUCCACACGGAGCCCCUCCACUGCGGGUUCGCGUUGGCGGAGAGCAGCGAACUGGGCAGGGGCCGCUUCGGCGUGGUGCGCAAGUGCGUCGAGGUGUCCACGGGCCGCGAGUUCGCCGCCAAGUUCGUCCGCAAGCGGCGCAAGGGGCAGGACCUCCGCGCCGAGAUCAUCCACGAGGUGGCCAUCUUGGAGCUGGCGCACGGCAACCCGCACGUCAUCGGCCUCCACCGCGUCUACGAGACGGCCGGCGAGAUCAUCCUCGUGCUCGAGUAUGCGGCGGGAGGGGAGAUCUUCAACCAGUGCGUGGCAGAGAGAGAGGAAGCGUUCACAGAGCGCGACGUAGUGCGCCUCAUGACCCAGAUCCUGGACGGCGUCGCCUUCCUGCAUCGCAAGAGCGUCGUGCAUCUCGACCUCAAGCCCCAGAACAUCCUGCUCACGAGCACCGACCCGCUGGGAGACAUCCGCAUCGUCGACUUCGGGCUGUCCCGGCGCGUGAGCAGCGCCGAUGAGCUGCGUGAGAUCAUGGGCACGCCGGAGUACGUGGCUCCAGAAAUCCUGAGCUAUGAGCCGAUCAGCACCGCGGCAGACAUGUGGAGCAUCGGCGUGCUGGCGUACGUGAUGCUGACGGGCGAGUCCCCGUUCCUGGGCGAGGACAAGCAGGAGACGUUUCUCAACGUGGCGCAGGUGAACGUCAGCUAUGACGACGACUCGUUCAGCAACGUGUCCUAUCUCGCCGUCACCUUCAUCCAGACGCUGCUGCUCAAGGAGCCCGAGAGGCGAGCCACGGCCGAGGAGAGCCUGCGCCACCCGUGGCUGCUGCCGUCGGACGUCCCCCUGACGCUGCUGGGGCUGAGCCUGCACGAUCCCGUCCCGCGUCCCGCCAAGCCCGGCGCGCAGAGCGACGCCGCCGGCCAGGCCGGCACGCCGGGCGGCGCGGUCGCGGCGGCGGUGAACGGGGAGGCCGGCGCGGCACCCGAGGCUGCGGGGGAGGCCGGGCCGGAUGAGGACGCUUCCCCCUCGUUCCCCGGCGAGAAGCCGAUGUCGCGCUGCUGCCCCCUGUUGCAGAGCUGCCCCCUGGCCCACGACAUCCAGAGAGAGAUCGUGCUCUGAGGAUGCCACCCGAGCUGUUCGAGGAGCGGUAAACCGCUUGAGCUGAAUGGCCGGUGGAGGACUGGCCCGGGGGCCCCGUGCGGCCCGUUAGGCCGUAGCCGGCGUUGGUACGGAUUGAGGCGCGGGCCGGAGGCGUGCGGUCGGAGUUGUUGCUGCUGCGCGGUCGUCUUUGUACCCGCAAACGCCCGUCCGCACCUCGGACUCUUGGCGGGCUGGACGUCCGCUAAUCCGAGCACUGUGUGCGUGUGUGUCCGUGUUGUCACCGUUGAUCGGUGGACUCCAAACGCGUUCUCUGUGCAGCAGCCGUCAGCACCAAGGGGCACAGGAAGCUGUGACGCCAGCAAUAUUACUUCUCACGCUUGAUAUAACAGUUUCAACCGAGUUGAUUUCACCGUACCUCGGGGCACUUCGAGAACACCAAUGUCAGCGUUCUCUAAUUCAUUAUAGGUGACACUUUGCAAAGC